UCUUCAACAAAAAAAAUCUUAUUGGAGUCCAUAAUCCAUAUGUUCUCUCUCCUCAAAGUUUAUCGCCGUCGAAUGCAUCGAGUGAUUGGCUGUUGCUGCUUUAAUUUCUCUCAUUUAUCGGCUGAUAUUUGCAAGCACAAUCUUGCUGUACCCAGUCACUGCCAGUUUUAAAACAUUUUUGUCAUUUGUGAUUAAAUCAUUAACUACGCUCUGCGUGCGAUUUUAGGGAUACUUCCAGUUUCCCAUAGUGGUUCAGUGGUUUCAUUAGCCUUUACAGCUUACGAAAAGAAACAGAAUUUCUUUGCGAAAAUCAUCUAGUGAUUCCUGUUGCGAUGGGUUUGCCAAAGGUUGCUCGUGGACUCAAAGCUGUCUACACCAUACCGUUUGCAUCCGGCACGCAAAAAAACUACUCAAGAUCUUUUGCGACCGGUACGGUAGACGCAUCGGAAGUGGAGUUCUCAAAAGUGGAUGACUGCGGAGUCAUUCAGCUCAAUAAGCCGAAAUCCCUGAAUUCUCUAUCCCUAAAUAUGGUGCGAUUGAUGCAUGAAAAAUUAAAGCAAUGGAAAGAUGAGCAUGUGAAACUGGUCAUUUGUAAGGGAGGGGAGAAAGCUUUUUGUGCUGGCGGCGAUAUCGUAGCAAUAUAUAAGAAUGCCAAAAAUCCUGAAAGUACGUUUGAAGAUGAUUUUUUUCGCGGUGAAUAUACCCUUGAUUAUCAAAUUGGGACGCUUGGAAUUCCUUAUAUUGCUCUUAUUCAUGGAAUAACAAUGGGUGGAGGCGUUGGGAUAUCGGUUCAUGGAAAAUAUCGUGUGGCAACCGAGAAGACCAUGUUUGCCAUGCCGGAAACAGCAAUCGGUUUCUUUGUUGAUGUUGGCGGCUCGUACUUCCUCCCCAGACUACCUGGGCAAAUUGGGACGUAUCUCGCUCUGACGGGUACUAGAUUAACUGGGAAGGAUGUAAAGUUGGGUGGAGUGGCUACUCACUUUGUCGACUCAGAACUGCUCCCUGCUUUGGAGAAAGACCUCUUAGCAAUCAAAAAUCCAACGUCAGAGAAUGUUAACGAUAUGCUGUGUAAUUACGAAAAGAAGGGUGUGGCGCAAAAAGGACAUGAAUUCUCGCUAAGCAGGGAACUGGAUUCUAUCAAUAAUAUUUUUAAAGCGAAUACGAUGGAAGAAAUUAUCCGGCGACUGGAAGAGAAUUCGGAAUGGUCGAGAAAAACACUAAGCACGAUAAGGACUAUGAGUCCGACGUCAUUGAAAAUCGCAUUGCGUCAGAUGCAGGAGGGACGGAGCAAAAGCCUUUCUGACUGUUUUAAAAUGGAAUUUCGGGUUUCGCAGAGGAUUCUGCAAGGAAAUGACUUUUACGAAGGAGUGAGAGCGAAACUGUUAGACAAGGACAAUCAACCGCGAUGGAAGCCACCGACAGUAGAAGAGGUGAAUGAUGCAGACGUGGAUGCUCACUUCGUUCCCUUUACCAAUCCCUCAAAGGAGCUUGCAAUUUGAACUGGUGAUAGAGAAUCUUUUACAGAUCUGAUUUUGUUUGAUAGCUUUGUGGUUGUUAAAUGCGUGUUGUUUUGAGCGUUUUAAACAGUAGAAUAUGGCGAAAGCAGACCGGUCGUACAUUAAAGUUUAACCGAACUAA